AUGAAUGUUGUAAAGAGAGAAACGUUUCCUAAGAAAUCUAAACAAAAUGUAAAACAUGAUUUGGUUCGACGAGAUGCUGCUUUCGGAAUACGAGGUGCUAUAACUAAACUGCCGCUCCGGAGCAAUCCGAUUUCAGGACGUGCUACUGCUAAUACUCCGAGAUAUCAAUUUGAUAAAGAUUUUUGGGAAAGAAAAAGGACGUUUCCUAUGGGUCCGCCGUCCGGUCCUCCUCCAAAUGUGAAGAGAAGACUAAUACCGUCAAAUUCAAAACUAGACUCAUCAACGAGCUCCAAAGCACCGCGAGUGUUAGCCAAUGAUUCAAGUGCUAUCGACUCAUUCUUAUCCACUCCAAAAAAUCGUCCAACAGCAAUACGAUAUAUCAGUAGCAGUAGUCGGGGGGGAUUCAGCGGAAAUCGGUCUGCAAGAUCCGCCAGUACAUCCAUGGUAGAAGCCAGUGUUAUAUUAGCUAUAUCUGAAGGUCGUGGUAAGGCUCGUGGUGAGAUAGGUAUGGCCGCGGUGGACCUACGACACCCACACUUAGUACUUUGCCAAUUCAGUGACACAUUAUUGUAUACACACACAUUGACGAAGAUAAAUUACUUCAAUCCUGUUGAGAUUAUAGUACCGCAUACAUUUUGUGAAGGGGCCCAACCUAACCAGCUUUAUCAGCUGAUCAAAGACCAAUAUCCAUUGAUAGCUGUCACGGCAGUGCAAAGAAGGCAUUACAAUGAUUCCACUGGACGUCAACAAAUACAAUCUUUGUGUGCGCCGCAAUAUAGCGCGGUUUAUCUUCAAGUGCUUCAUAAGUUCUAUGCGUUAACCGCAGCCGCAGCUGUACUAAAAUACGUAGAAUAUAUCCAAUGCAUAGUUUUUGCUAGGGAAUCACUAAAAGUAGCAUAUCAUUCAUCGGAGGAUACCAUGAUAAUCGAUGUUGGUACGGCAACCCAGCUUGAACUAGUCCAACCAUUGCUACCAUCAGCUGGGCCCACUUGUUGUCUUCUUGGUGUACUAGGCCCCACAUAUACCGUGGGCGGUAUUAGGGCAUUAAGAGCGGGUAUACUGCAACCAUCUUGUAAGAAAGAGUUUAUUGAAGCAAGGUUAGAUGCGGUGCAAGAACUGAUGGAGAAUGAUUCGGGCAUAAUGACAAGUUUGCAAGAUAUUAUAAAGAAGCUAUCUGAAAUAGAUAGAAUCUUAUUACUAUGCAUCGAAAGUCCAAAUCAGCAAAUGGAUAAAUUUGGCGAGGCACAGCUAAAUCAGACACUGCUGCUAAAAACUACAAUGGAUGUUGUUCCCAAUUUAGUGUUUGCGUUAUUGCCUGCAGAGAGCGGCCGUUUAAGGAAGAUAAAAAUGGACUUCGAAAAUCCCCAUUACAAAGAAAUAGCGGACAGAAUACGAAGUAUUCUGCUAGAUGACGCACAUCUAGAAAAGGGUGCCAUGGGAAGUCUACAAAGAUGCUUUGCGAUAAAGCCAGAAAUAAAUGGACUUCUAGAUGUGGCAAGAAGAACGUAUUCCGAAUUAAUUGAUGAUAUACAGAAAAUCGUUGAACAACUAAGUGAGACUUAUGAUCUACCAAUUCGUUUGAAUCAAAAUGUUAUGAAGGGAUUUCAUAUUGCAAUGCCUGUAUCUCCUAAAAAUCGUAGAAGUUUCAAUGUUGCCGAUUUGCCUUCCAUUUUUAUACAGGUACAUUUCAACGGAGUUAGCGUAAGUAUGACGACAGAGGAACUGGUAGUUCUCGACCAUCAGGCAAAAGAGGCUCUUAAUGAAAUACAAAAAAUGAGUAAUAUAGUAAUUUCUGCAUUACUAAAAGACCUAAGACCAUUCAUGGCUAGUCUAUACAAGCUUUGUGAAAACGUUGCCGAGUUGGAUAUCUUAAUUGCAUUGGCGCAGAUAAGUUCAGUAGGCUCAUACAUACGACCAGAAUUCAGUGAUUAUUUGGAUAUAAGGAAUAGUGUACACCCACUACUAGACUAUAACAGCCAAGUGAUGCCUGUUCCUAAUGAUGUUUUUGCAAGUCCCGAAUACAAUUUCACGAUCAUAACAGGACCGAACAUGGGUGGAAAGAGUAUUUAUAUCAAGCAGAUUGCGAUUAUGCAAGUCAUGUCACAAUUGGGUUGUUACAUACCAGCAACAAACGCAGUUUUGCGACUUUGCGAUCGUAUUUUUUCUAGGAUCGGAUUUAAUGAUAGCGUGGAGUUAAAUGCUUCUACAUAUGUGAUUGAAAUGAAAGAAAUUCAACACAUACUUAAAGGCAUUACGCGAUCGAGUUUAGUCAUCAUAGACGAACUAUGCAGGGGCACAAGUGUAGAAGAAGGAGCGAGUAUAGCAUGGGCUAUUUGUGAAGAGCUUAUACUAAGUGAUGCUUUUACAUUUUUCACUACUCAUUUUCUGUACCUAACACGACUUGAAGAUUUGUACUUCAAUGUAGUGAAUCGUCACACAGCAGUUGCAGAAGAGACUGUCGGUACGGAAAAUACUCAAAAAAGACUUGUUUAUCAACACAAAAUAGAAGCUGGUAUCACUGAGAUAGACCAUUACGGAUUAGCCUUAGCUGAGAAAACCAGUUUACCAGAACAAACAAUAAAUUUAGCUAAGGAAUUAGCAGAAUUAAUCGCAAGUCGGAGAAAGCCACAGCAACGUUCACUGCAUGCUAAGAGCGAUGAUCGCUGUGUGUAUGAAAUUAAUGCAAAGAUAGCACAGGAGUUAAGGAUAAACCAAAGUCCUACUAAUAUUAAAAAUAUUCUAGAAAAAUUUAAAUCUGAUUACCCUCAAAUUAUAGAAAAUCUGCGCGAACAAAAUAGUAAAAGUACGUCGUACAGCAAGGGGCAAACCACUACAAAUACCAAUAAUAAUUUUUCUGAAAGCAAUAUAUUCAAUGAUACAACAACGCGGAACGACUGUAAUGUGAUGAAAAAUCUUAGUACAGAAGAGACAAAGACUGAAGAUGCAGGGGAACAUAUACAUGAUUUUGGUAAUAGAUAUACUGCAGUAAAGUCAUCUACAGAAUUACUUAACCCUUUUUUGAAUUCGACUAAUGUAGAGUCGGACAACAUUUCUGAAAUUGCAGUGGAACAUAGCCAACAAACUCAAGAUAAUAUACAAUUUAGUAAUGAAACGAGUAAUGCAAUAGAAAAUUUUGAUAAUGCUAAUAGUGAUCCACAAACAAUUGAAAAGAGUUAUUCCGCUUCAGAUAAUACUAAUCCAAACAAUAGUUUCAAAACCACAGAUAAGCAUGGAAUUAGUAACGAUGUUGAUAGCGAUUCGGAAAUUGCAAUAGCUUUAACUCAAGUCAUUCCGGAAAAUUCUGAUUCACAAAGUAGCGACAUCUUGUCGUCCGAGGAAGAAUUAUUCAUGGAAACUGUAAAUGAAAUAAAAGAAUCUUUGUACGAUAUAAAUUUAGAAAGGUGUAUUCUAACACCGCCUGAUGCUUUUCGAGAUGACUUAAUGUUGUAG